GUUUUGUCCCUCGGUGCGCUCCGUACUUGCAUGUGUUUUUACGGUUUGCUGGAGGCGCAAUAGCUGAGGUAUGACCUGCAGACAUGACGGAGAAUCUGAGGACACGCUUGGAUUUCUGCAGCCCUGUCAUACAGGCCCAGGCGGUGAGAAAUCUUGUUGCUGCAGUGUUAAAGGAAAAGGGUUCGGAUGGGCCGAUCACUCAGUCCUCCCCCCAGGGCCCAGCAUUGGCAGCUCUGUGGCAGCAGUGCUGCAGCGACUCUGCUCUGGUGCGUUCAGCCUGCUGUGAUGCUGUGGUGCUGUUGGUGGAUCAGGGACAUGCCGACCUGCAGUACGUCCUCAACAGCGUCCUCAAUCUUCUGCCGUCUUCAAGUAAUGUCCAGGGGCUCAUAAAAGUCGUGGGACGACUCCUGCAGAAGCAGGCUGACCAGAGUCACGAGGAAACACACUUCACCUGUCCAUAUUCCAUCAGGAGCAGCCCCCAUCCAUACAUCACAGCCCUGGAAAACCGCCUGGACUGCUGGCCGGCGCUGCUGCUGGAGAUUGAUGACUUCAUUCAGCAGGCUGCUGACAGAAAUAAAACUUCGUACAUCAGCAUGCUGGCUCCUUUCCUUCGGUACCUGUACUGCGAGCCUCAGAGACAACCACAGCAUGCCCUCCUGCGACAGAGUCUCCUCAGAGUGCUGCAGCCCAGCCAACCAGGACCUGGACCAGAUCCCCACACACGGGACCAAGAGAAGACCUCAGCAGUGUGGGACAGCCUGCUGCUCUGCCUCUGUCAGCUGGUUCCACAUAUGCAGCUGGACAGCAUGGAGGCGGUGCUGGAGCUCUGUGGCUUUGUGGAUGCUCUGCUUCAGGGUCUCAUCAAAGCUUCGGGCGAGUGCUGGACAACCGAGAGAGUCGGGCUAAUACUGCAGCUGCUGUGCGCAUGUCAGCGAUGCCUGAAAUUAAACGGAGACUGCCGACCGCUCCUCGGCUUAAUGCAGCGGCUGCUUCCUACCUGCCAAAAGGACCUGCCUCUGGACGAGCUGAUGAUAGGUGUGGCCCUGCUUCUGUUGGAGGCCCCUGCAGCUCAGCAGAGCAGCCUGCUCAACUUCGCAUUGCUUUUAUCAUGUGAACAAGCUGAGCUGUCGCCCUGGCUGAGUCCAGUCCUGGUUCUGCCCGUGCUGCAGCUCCUGUCCUGUUCAGGCCUCACGGAGCCGCUGGCCGACCAGCAAACCCACAGCCUGAACCACGGCCUGGCUCACAGACUGCUGCGCUGCAUUUGCAGGCCGACAGAUAACGCCACCCAGCCUGGCCCUGCCCUGGCACUCCCACUCACUUCCUGGUACAGUGAGCUGAGUGUGGCGUUAUCCAUGCUACGCAGAGUGACCCAGGACCCGGCGGCGGCGGCUGAUUGGCUGCUGGCAGUGAACUCGGCUCUGUCAUGCAGCCAGCGCUUGCCCUCCUCCCUCACCCUCAUUGUGGCUCAUCUCCUCAUCACGGGCGAGGAGGAUGUCUGCCAGCUGGCGCUGAAAGCGAGCCAGGCCGUUGCUGCUGCCGACCCCUGCCAGGUCCCCUCCCUCAUCUCUGUGCUGCUGUUCAGACUGGCCAAGGAGAAGAAUCCAUGUCUGGUUCAUGCUGCUCUCAACUGCCUGCCCAACCUCGGGACUCAUAAGCUCUGCGUCCCCCUGGUGCUUCAGACCCUCCACAUGCUGGCCUCAGCACCCAAACUGAGAGCUGUCGCCAUGCGCCUGAUGACCACGCUGUGGAAAAAACAGGACCGAGUCUAUCCAGAUCUGCAGCGCCUGCUGGGACAGCAGGACACCAGGGUGGUGGUGGGCAGGGACACCCAGUGGGACCAGAUCCUGGCCAGGGCCGCCUGCCUCCGGGACAUCUGCAGAGAGAGGCCUUACCAGCAUGGGGGCGACAUGUUAGCUGCCGUUUCACUCACUCUGAAGCAGUGCAACAGACCAGACCUGGCAACCCCUGCUGCUCUGGCCCUGCAGGGCUUACAGGAGCUGUGUCGAGCAGAGGUAGUGGACAUUAUCUCAACGUGGAAAAGUCUGGGACCUGAGCUGAGCUGCGACUCCCGUCCACUGAUGGUUAAAGCCAUAGCUGAACUUCUGUCACUGGUUCCUCAGCUCACUGUCAAGUCAGAGCAGUAUGAGAAACUGAUAGAUGAAGUGGCCAGCUUUCUCUGGAGUUAUGCAGCAAACAAGGAUCCAGAGGUGGCCAGCUGUGGCUACAAGGCUUUGGCAGACUUUCCUGAAGUGGUCCACACCGUCCAUCACCUUCCCGAGGCAGCUCAACCAGCUGUAAAAAUUGUUGAAAAUGAAGAAGAUGACAAAAAAAAGGAGGAGGAAGAGGAGAAGGAUCUCUCCAUUCCAGGCUCAUCUUACAUGAAAUUGUUGUCUCUCACCUCUGUCUCUGUCCUACCAGCCUUUGAGCUUUUCCUAACAUCACUGGUGAAACAGGAGAUGAGUCAGAUGCCACGAGGAGUGUACUUUUCUUCCCUGAGGGGGGCUGGUCUGCGUUCAGAUCAGGGUAAAACGGUGGCAGGAAUCCCAUCAUUCAUGCUCAAGACCUACGAGAAAAACAAGCAGCCUGGCCUGAAGCCGGGACUGGCAGCUGGACUGUUGUUAUGUUACGAGCUUCCUGUACAGACCGACCGCGACGGCAGACCCAUUGAUCGCUUCGUCGUCAGCCGUAGCCGCAGCUACCAGCAGACCCUGACGGCGCUGAUUCACGAGGUAAACAUUCAGCCCUCCGAGUGGCACCGCGCUCUUCUCCUGCCCCAAGCAUGGCGGGGUUUCAUGAGCCGAGCUUUCCAUGCCGCCCUGCAGGGUCGACGUUCUGAUCUGGAAAUGCAGCAGAAACAAGGCAAAGUGAGCCCAGAGGAGCUGCAGUACCAGCAGCACUGUGCCUGGCUGUGGGCCAGAGAUCAGCUGGCAGACAUCAUUAAAGCAGCCACAAAGGACAGUCCUGUUGUCCAGGGAAACUCAAUCCUGGCUCUGAGCGGUCUGGCGGCGGUCCUCGCCAAGUACGAGAGCAACCUGCCGACCGAUGGCGCCGGUGGCCUCGGGGCUGGACCAGAGUUUGUUCCCACCACCAGCUGGUUGGCCAUGGUGUUUGACACCCUGCUCAGCAUCAUCAGCAGCAGCUACAAGGCUAAAGGACAAGUUUUCCCCUGGUUUCUGCAUCGCUCCUACUCAGGCGAGAACACCGCCAGUGCCAUCGCUCGCUCCUGUGCCAGCCUGGCCUUGUCCCUUCUGGUCCCGGUGGUGGUGGUGUGGCAGAGGGACUGCCUGCUCCAGGUCCUUUCUGCGCUGCAGGCCGGCCUGCCGGGGUCUCCCACUGCCGAUGAUUCCCAGGCCGUCCAGUUCCACUCCGGCCUCGCUCUGGGCAUGGUGCUGUCCAGUCUGCACCACCAGCGCCUCAGUGACAUCUCUGACCAGAAGGAUGCCCAUCUUCUCACCAGCUCUCUAGAUGCUCUGGAAAGCUGCUCAUUCAGCCCAAACCUGGAAUAUAAUACUGGCUGCAUGCUGGGUCUGGGUCUGGUGCUGUCGGCCCUCUGCAGUACUGGACAGAUGGACCAACGUGUUCGGGUCAGCCAAACCCUGGACAGACUGCUAGCUAGCCUGCAGGAUAGCAGUGGACAAGGACGCAUGCUGCAGGAGGUCCUGUCUUACUCUGUAGCAUGUGUGAGCAUCUCUGCCUUCAGUGGAGGUCUUAUUGACGCUGCCAAGGCUGAGGAGGUCAUGAACACUCUGCGCACCCUGACCGAGGAGAGCCAGCAGACUCCCGGCUUCUCGCUGGCUCUUGGGUUGGUUGUGCAUGGACUGUCGCUCUCCGGCCAUGGUAAAGCAGAAGACAUACACCCUCGUCUGCUGGCUGCUUGGAUCAAGAUCUUACUGGCUGAGGGUUGUCCCACCAUGCAGCGACUUGCUGCUGCUAACGGCCUGGUGGCUUUGGUGGGUUCAGAAAGUUACCUCAUUCAGCUGAAAAGUGAGUUGGAGCUUUCCUCCCAGCAGCAGAGCAGAUUGAACGAGGUGAUUCGUGCCAUCACACAGAUCAUAACCUUUUCUGGAGCCAUUGGUUUGCAGUCUAACAGCGCCUGUUUGGUGGGUCAUUUGCAUCUGGCGCACAUGUCAACAAGUCACAGUCACACAGCAGUUCCUCAGGAUUUCAGUUACCUCUCAGAGAAAAGUGUCAUCAGAUCCAUCACGGACUUCAUCUCCGAAGCUGGAAAGAAAGGUCCUGAGUUCUCCCAUCCAGCUCUGGUUAAAGCUGCUCUGGCCGCCUUGGCAUCAGUUGGGUCCAGCUCCCAGUAUCCCCCUGUGAACUGGAGCGCUGUCCUGUCUCCUCUGAUGAGACUGAGCUUUGGAGAGGAUGUCCAGCAUCAGUGUUUGGUACUGGCAGCGUCUCAGGCUCAGUCUUCCCAAAAUGCUUCUCUCUUCCUGGGAUCAUGGUUGUCUCCACCUCUGGUGCACAGUCUCAGCCUCCAGACUCGAGCCCACCUCUAUGAGACCCUGGGCAUGUGGAUGAAGCAUGUUGCUGAGGACAAGCUCCAGGUCUAUGUGGAGAGUCAGGGCCUGCAGCAGUUCCAGGAGGACCUCCGACCCCAGCGACUGUCCUUGUGCCGCUCCGUGCUGCAGGGCCUUGCUCAGGCCAUGGCCCUCCCGAACCCUCCCAGCAGCUGCUGGACCAUCCUCUGCUCCACCACUGAGAAGAUCUUCACCCUUCUGCCCAAUCAGAUCCAGGAUGAUGAAGUGGAUCUGUAUGUGGGCAUCGCCACCUGUCUCUCUGAGAUGUCUGACACGGAGAUAGACAGGAUCGCUCGUGUUUCAGAGGCUCAGAUGGAGAAGACCUGCUUCAUCCUGGCCUACUUAACGUCUCGGGGCCGGGUUCCCCUCCUGGGUCUCAAUGAUGUCAUCGCCGGGGUUCUCCGUGGUUGGCCGAGCUGCAGAGUGGGCUGGAUCCUCCUGCAGGCUAUUUACCAAUGCCGCCUGGCUGCCGGCUCCAACACAGGAGUUUCCAGGAGAAUGGAGUGGCUCCUGGAGCUGAUGGGACACAUCCGAAAUGUUGCUUAUGGUGCAACCUCCGUCACCUGUGGAGACACCAGACUGGCCACAGACUUCCUGUUCCAGCUGUUUGCUGCUGCUGUCGUUUCCUGGGGCGACCACUUCAUGCCCCUCCUGUUUGGCAUCAGAGCCCAGUGGUUUCCAUGGCAGCCAGAUGUCAGGCCUCCAAUAAUAACACACAGUCUGUACGGCAAGGAGUCGCUACCCGACCGUGCCCUGCCGCAGUGCAUGCUGGGACUGUCCCACAGUCUGCCUCUGCUGCUGGAUAAAGAACCGUGGAGCAGCCAGACACACAAGUUUCUAGACUGGCUCCUCAGCAUCACAGAAGGUCCUGAACAGAAUCUGUCAGAAGUAACCAUCAGCACAUCCAAAGGAGUCACAGCUUGAUUGGAUAGUGUUGACUCACUCACCCUCAUUUGUGACUGACAGGAUGUAUAAUGGGAUCCAGAGUGAGUAGCGAAUCCACAACAUGGCAAUAGAGGGUGUUUCCAUAACACGCAGCAGCUCAUGUGGGUACCUGUCAUCACACAAAACACAUCAACAUAUUAACCAAGCUCUUCUAAGGGUACACAGUCUUUUUAAGCCUUCUGCGUUGCUUUCUCAGUCUCUGUUUUCUGGGUUUUAACAAUUCCUGACUAUUAUGCCAGGUCCUGUUGUUAACAAACAUCCCCACAUCAUGAUGCUGCCACCACCAUACUUCACAGUGGGGAUGGUGCUCCAGAGUCAUUGUGUUCUAGACAUCAUUUGAAAGCCAACUACUGCUUUCUUCAUGCUAGUCAAACUUUUCAAAUAUCACAAUGUUUUACAUCUUUUCUCUGAGAUCAAUAAAGUAAAUUUCAUUAAUUUAUUUCAUUCUUGUUCACCUUUUUCUGGUCUUGUUUAGUGGGUGAAGUUGCACAAUGACUGAUGACAUGCAGGACCAGAGACUUCCUAGAACGUCUAAGCAGACACAAUCUGCUUCUUAAAACUGUGCCUUUGGGUAUGUGAACGUAUGUAGAACAGCUUUA